AUUGACAUAUCAUAUUGAAAUUCAAAAUUUUCAUUUAAAUUAUUAUUUAGAAAACUGUGGAAAUUGCAACUGGAAACUCUCCAUCUCCGUCUUCUUUAUAAUCUCUGCAAAAGAACGAAUGUAAAACGAUUCAGAAGCGGGAAGAACUGGAGAUGGGAACCCAUAUUCCCAUCGCUCCAUUCUACUGAUCCAACCCUCAAAUCAAUUUCCCAGAAAAUUUAAACCCACUUCCCCCAAAAAUCCCUCAGAUCCGUCCAAAUUCCCCCAAUGUCACCGGUUAAAUUCUCCGCCGGCUACGGCACCGUCCCCUCUCCGGCCGCCUCCACCUCCGCCGGAGUUCCACCAUCUUUCCCUUCCAGUUCCUCCUUCCUCGAACGUGCUAAAUCCACCACGCAAUCCCUAAUCGCCACACGGCGGCCAUGGCGAGAGCUCUUCGAUUUCUCCGCCUUUUCUCUCCCUUUCAGCUAUGACGACGCCAUGGCCAGAAUCCGCCAGAACGUCGACUACUUUCGUGUUAAUUACGCCUUGGUGAUGCUCAUAAUCGUUUUCCUCAGCCUGUUCUGGCACCCGAUUUCGAUCAUCGUCUUUCUCCUCAUCUUCGUUGGUUGGUUGUUCUGCUACUUCCUUCGUGACCAGCCCCUCGUUCUCUUCAACCAAACAUUCGAUGAUAAAAUUGUUUUGGGGGUUUUGAGCAUUGUUACCAUCAUUGCUCUUGUUUCUACUGAUGUCGGAUCGAAUGUUUUGGGAGCCCUAAUUACAGGUGUCGCUGUGGUCGGACUUCACGCGGCGUUUCGGAUUACAGCGGAUCAUUUCCUCGACGAGGAGACCGCCGCAGAAGGGGGAUUGCUGUCGGUUGUGGGAAAUCAGCAACAACAACAACGAGGUUACACUCGGAUUUGAUUCCCAAUUUCAUUCAGAAUUCCGGCCAGUUUGAUGGGUAUGUUUCAAUCACUCGAUUCCUUAUUGUGCUAGCUUGGGUUCAUCUGGUCAUUGGAAUCUGGUUCCAAUUCAUUUGUUGGUUUUAUUUUCACAUUGUGUUUCGUUUGGUGUGGAUUAUACUUAUGGUGGGAUUAAAGCUUUAGUGGCAUUAGAGACACCCAUGAGUUUGAAUGUGGGAGAUUCUGAGAUGCUGUUUCUGAAUCAUCAACUUUUUUCUGGGAGAUUGAUGUGGUUGGAUCUUGGAAUGGAGAGGAUUUCUUGAAUUUGGUGUUUAUUUUCUGGGUCUGGAAGGGUUCUUGCUUUUGCCUGUUUUUUUUUUUCAUAUGUACAUGUAAAAUAUUCAAUGUUCAUCACUCGAACAUUUAGCAUGAGGAACUAUGAUUUUUCCUCGUUCUAUACUACUGUGCUUGCAUCUUUUGAUUUGACAA